AUGCAUGUUUCGUUGCCGCUGCUCUGCGGCUCGCUGCUGCCUUUCCUCACUGGGUCGCUUGCGCUGCCCAAGGCGCGCGCGGAGAAGCACUAUGCGAUCAUGGACAACGACUGGUACACCGCAGGGUUUGUGCCGUUCUUGAUUGCGCUCGAUGGGAAUGUAGAUGUCUUGGGUCUGGCUUCUGACACGGCCAACACCUGGCAGCCGCAAGUCGCCCUGCACGCGGUUGCAACCCUGGAAGCCGGGAACCUCAGCUGCAUUCCCGUGUACCCAGGCGCAACCUGGCCGCUGAUCAACACGCCGCAUCGCUUCCAGGCCUGGGAGUCGAUCCACGGCAAGCUACCCUGGGAGGGCGCCUUCGCGCCGGAGAACAAGACCUUGGACGCGCAGGGCAAUGACCCGACGUCGGGAAACCCCAAUCGCAUUGUCAAGUCGGCGUUCAAGGAGGGUUUCCCCAAGGGUAAGCCGAACAACUCGACCUCGGCUGCUAACUUCAUGGUGCAAAUGGUCCACAAGCACCCGGGCCAGGUGUCGAUUUACUCUGCGGGAGCAUUGACGAAUGUGGCGCUGGCCGUGCGCAUGGAUCCGCAGUUUGCGUCGCUGGCUAAGAACCUGGUUAUUAUGGGCGGAUAUGUCGAUUUGAAUAUGCUCGAGGCUACGGGCAGUAUCAUGUUGGCGGAUCUCCAGUCGGAUAUCAAUCUCAUGAUCGACCCCGAAGCCUCCAAAAUCGCACUGACAGCCGACUUCCCUGAAAUCAUCGUUGCCGGCAACGUCGCCAACCAGGUGAUGCCCGACCAGAAGUUCCUCGAUGAGGUGCACGAGGUGCGCAACCCGUACACGGACCUCUUCCACCGCUAUUACGAUCUCUUGUUCCCGUUUUGGGACGAGACGGCCGCGGCACUCAUGGUUGAUCCGUCUAUCGUAGUCAACCAGACCUCGGUAUACCUGGACGUCGACACUUCGUACGGAAGCCCCAAUUAUGGAAACAUCCACGUCUACCAGAAGGCGCUGGCGCCUCCGGGCAUUGGGAAGGUCAAGUAUGUGUUCGAGGUUGACGCGGACAAGUUGAAGCAACGGGUCAAGCACUCGCUGCAGCAUCCCAAGUCGUGCGCGGACUUGAAGAAAUAG